AUCCAUGAUACUUUCACUGCUGGUCAGAUCAUCAAUUUCUAUCCUCACUGAAGCUCCCGUCACAAAGCGUCAACAUGAAAGCUUUUAUACUGCUGUGCAUGCUUUAUUCAGCUUUUGGAAAGAGCGCUUGCAACCCAUACAUUUGGAACCCACGGGGAAGCCCAGACUCAGCCAGGGAGUGUAGGGCGGACCAGGGUUCUUGUGGCUGUUGUACCAUACUUCGCGAGGUUGACAAGUUAAGGGAGCAUUUUGACCAGAGUCUGAGUGAGUUAGAAGAGGAAUACCAGAAAGCGAACCAAAGUUUUAACAAUAUACAAGCGAGCCGCACUGCCUUCUCUGGCGCUCUAGCUGAUGAUGCUUAUCGUGGGUGUAUGGGGCCGCACAAUGAAGACAAGGUCAUCAAAUACAAUUAUGUUUUAAUUAAUCUGAAUAAUGGCUAUAAUCAAACCACAGGUAUCUUCACCGCUCCCUGCUCAGGCUUUUACAGCAUCGCUUUCACAGUCUACAGUGAUGCUGGUUCUGCCGGCAGCAGCUUGGAAGCCUGUGCCGUGUUGAUGGUUGACAAUGAGAACAUAGGCGGGGUAACAGACAGAAACCAGCAUGACCAAGAGGACAGUACUUCUCAUGUCAUAGCCCUCAAGCUUCAGGAAGGGAGCAAGGUGGCUGUCAUCCUUCCCGCUGGAUGUUUUCUCUGUGAUGAUAGCAGCCGCUAUAACACUUUCAGUGUCUUUCUGAUUUAUGCAACUGAAUAAGUUAAGGAAGUUUAGUGAGCUGGUUUAUGUGUGAACACCUUUUUAACAUGAGUAAAGAAUGCUAGAAAUCUCACUGCGCCUCAUCUUUGUUCUUUUGAAAGGAAGAGAGAACACUGAAGAUGUCAAAGGAUAACUAUCUUUGUUCUGUUACUGCUUGUCUUUUUCUUUAUGAAACUGUGUAAUGUAACACUGGAGACGAACAAUAAGCUCGUACAGUUAAAAGUCAAUGAAACAGGACAGUGUGACAGUACAUGUUCAUGUCUACAUAGAGAUAGUUAAGUAUUGAAAUUGUCCUCUUACUUUGCUUAGUAUUUUUGAUUCACUUACCCCAGUGUUGAUUGAAAUGGGCUAUUUUGCA